CACUUUCAUCAUCAGCCUCACUCACUUCAGCGUUUCAUCUCACCCGUGUGCAACCCGACUUGGGCUUCUUAUUCGUUCCCUCAUUUCACAUCUCAGUCCGUUUCUGCACUCGCCCAUGGGAUUUUUCGCAACCUACAGCCAAUACUUGACCCUACAAUGCUCGGCAAUGAAGACCCUUCAAUGACAAAGAACACAGGCUUUAUACCAUGGAAUCCAGCCCUCAAAGCCAACGUCAACAUCCCGGAACCUUCACGUAUCGUCAGCGACAUCGUCGGUAGCGCAGCCGUCAAAGCUUCAGCGGCUGGUAUACUAUCAAGUAACCCUCGAAUUCAAGCAGCUCAGUCUGAAUGGGAACGUAGACAGUCACAAUACCUCUCAAAGGCUUCUGAAUCGUCUCAAGUGAUCCCUCAAAAGAGAAACUCACCGUCAGACCUUCUCCCAAAAAGGACUCCCGCUGAUUACGCACGUGUUCGUGAAGCUCGUCGCUUUACGGAAGACGAAGUCGCUAGACAAUUAGCUGAGAUCAACAGUGCAGCUAUCAAGAAGAGCGCCAUGCAUCAUUCAUCUCAAUCUCCGGUGGUUUCUCUCACCGGGGCCGAGUUGCUCAAAAAGUACACUGGCCAAGGGACACCAUCACCAACACCUGGACCAGCAAGAUCGCCUGAUUCUUUAGUCCCUGAUACUCGAUUGGAGGCAAUCAUCAUGGCUGAACCUGGUCGGGCCUACACUGUAUAUCCCUUCCCCGAAGGUGGUUCUACCUCUGCUCGCGGGGCACUUAUUCCGGCAAACUACAAACUUCACGAUGACCCUGAACUUCCAUACGUAUGUCCUGUGCGAGAUUGCCGCCGCGUGUUUGGCAAACUCAAUGGUCUUGGUGGACAUUUUGGCGCUGGCCAUUGUUCGACGACAUUCAAUGACAACGGAGAUGGCACAUUGUCCAAGGUCGGUAGCUAUCAGAAGGAUGGUCCUGGAGGCACACCUGGGAUUGUUGUUUCCAGAAACCCACUCCCUCCUGAUGCGCCACCUCCAGUUGAUCCAGGAUUGUCUGUGUUCGCUUCAUUCCAGCAAAACCGAGUAUCUCGAGCUGCCGAACAGGAAAGAAAGACAACACGCUCACAGGAUCGCACCUGCCUGCCUCAAGCUAUGCAAGAAUCGGAGGUGAAGCAAUAUCUCCACCAACACCUCAGUCCAGCCCAAAAGUCUCACCAACGAGAGGACAUCAAUUUCAUGUUGACAUUGCCUCGCAGACGUGAGCUGCCCGAGAGUUGGAAGCAUACCCACCGGGGAAGCAACCUGGAUGUCACUCAUUAUUCCUGUGCAGUAGCGUAUCUCACAGGUACAGUUGUGGUUGGUAGCGAGCAGUGCAUGGUUAAUACCACUCGACCAUCUGCACGACUAUCGCAACCCUGCAUCCGUCUCCCAAUUGGCAUGUCUACGUCAGCGAAACAAGCAUUUUCUGCUCUAGAGUCUUGCGUGGGAUGCAGAUACUGGUGUCAUCUGCAGCGACGCUCAAACGGUUGUGACUGGUGUCCUGAGCCAAAACUGGGACGAGGGGCUUCUGGUUCAUCGAGGUCUUCUUCUGGGGAACUGAAUCCUCCGAUGGAUCUCGACGAUUUUGAGGGUGUUGACACCAUGACCGAGGUCCAGCCAAAGCGAAGAAAAAGACGUUCUUCUGGGAAUGACGUUGCCAUGAGAGACCAAACACUUACCAUCAUGGGCAGACCUGAAAUCGGCGUUGAAUUGGAAAUGGAGGAUUGGGAGGUUGCUCCAGGAAGGAUAAAGGAUGAAUCUUCCUCAGACAAUGUCGCCUAUUCCAACUCGUAUCUCACCAGCGGUCAACCCGUCACCGUUUCCGAGGACGUCAGCUUCAACAUCAUGGUUCUCAAACCCGGCAGCGCUAAUCAUUGGGCUGUUGAAGACGACAAACUGCGAACAUGCUCCGUCGCCUCAGGAAAGAUUCGGGUCACGAUGAACGAAAAGACAUUUAAUCUUGGCCCCAAUGGCAUGUUUGUUGUUAGACCAGGACAGACGUGCAAGGUCGAGAAUCGACUAUACAUGGAUUCUGUGGUGCACUGCACUACUAUCGGGGAUUUUUCACUGCAGUAAAGGCGUUUGGUUCGGAUACAUACCUUUUGAUUGGAGUUGAGGGCGCAUUUCGGCAUCGCACAUCUGCAUGCUAUUUAUCGAUGGUGUUUAAAAAGCAUUGGUGGUUAUUGGGAUGGGUUGAAACGGG